AUUCUCUUAGAGCGAUCGCGUGGAUGCCUGGUCGGAUCCUCAUACAUAAUCCUCAUUCUGGCAUGCCAACCUGUCUCGAAGAUCCUUUAGCUGUGUAUAAAGCCACUUACCAGGUUCAAUGAGACUACCCCUGUCAUUAAGAAUGGGUUAUAAGUCCUUACAAACCGAAAAUGAUGAAUUCUAUGUACCCAUAGACACAUCGGUGAUCGGUGAGUCUUGCGACCCCCGGGUGGUUGUGUCUUUUCGGAAAAAACAAAUUCAUGAGCUAUACAGAUACGAGCCGGAGGCGGUGCACGUCCGAUCAUAUCAGGUAGGCGGCGAUGUCCUCGUUUUUCACGAGUUCUCGUUACCUAAAGGGAUGACUAUUAUGGCAACGAAUUUGCCACUACCGUUCAGAAGAAGCCUUUACGGUUCUCAUUUUGGGAGGGCAAGCAUUAGUUUCGACACCAAGGCUGAUGGUUCCAGUAUCGAAUAGUGAAAGAGCAGAGAGACUUUGGUACUCGAUGAUUGAUAUACCUAUCCUGCUUCGGCCGAUCUCAACAGCCAUUACGAGAGCUAUCCCAUGCAUGCUGGGCCGAGUACCUAAAGUAGGUUGAGC